UUGAGGCCAAUCCUGAAACCUGCAACUCUCAGGCCGAAGCUCACAUUCACACCCUCCACCAUGAAGGUCUCCGCAGCCCUGGCGUGCCUGUUGCUCACAGCAGCCGCCUUCAGCACCCAGGUGCUCGCCAAUCCAGAAUCCGUUUCCAUCCCCAUCACCUGCUGCUUUAAUGUGGUCAGUAAGGAGGUCCGCAUCCAGAAGCUGAAGAGCUACACGAGAGUCACCAACAGCCAGUGUCCCCAGGAAGCUGUGAUCUUCAAGACCAAAAAGGACAAGGAGAUCUGCGCGGACCCCAAGAAGAAGUGGGUCCAGGACACCAUGGGCCUCCUGGACAGCAGGGCCCAAGCUCUGAAGCCUUAACACGUCACACCUGCGUGGAGAGACCGUCAGCGCCUGAGGAAACCCUUAUUUAUUUCCCCUCAACCUUCCUCAGGUGUAGGAUGGUGUUAUUUUAUUACCAUGUACAAAAAAGUGGCACUUGAGUUCAUAAUGUAAAACACAGCAUUUCUUAAGUAAUAUUUAAUUAAAUAUAAGCUAUUGAUGGUUUGGCUUUAUCUGCCAGAAAUCCUAAUGAAUGAAAAGUGCCGAAUGUGGCGACCUUUUCCUUUCCUGGGAGCCCAGCUACGUUCACGGCCGGGUGUGAUCGUUCUCCCUCUCACGUGCCUUCCGGGUCGGGAAUCCUUCCGUGGGUCGUCAGAGUGGAACACUUCUUGGCCUUUGUAAAUAUAAACUAUGUAAUGUUGUUGAUGAAAUUAAUGUUAUUAGGUAACUGUGGGAUUUUCAAAUAAAAAUAUA